UAGGUUCUCUCUCGUUUCUCUUCUCUGUACUGUACUUUUUUUACGUCGAUCAUAUAAAUUAAGAGAUCGUUAGCCAGCGAACAGAGAAAGACGACGCGGGCGAAGCGAAGGCGACUCUCUGCUUCCCCCCUCGGAUUCGAACGUUCUCCGUAAAAAGAAUAGAAAAUAAAUCCGUUGCCGGUCGAACGAUCGACGAAUGGAUCGAAACGAAGGGAUCGGCCGCGCGCAAGCCCGCGACCAAAGUGUUUUGCCAGCGGUCGCUAUGACUACGGCCACGACGAAGACGAACGCGUCCACGAGCUGCGAGCUACGAUCGCCUCGGUAACACGGUAGUGCAAAAUGAACGACAAGGAGGACAGCGCCUGGGUGUUCGACUCGUUGAUCGGAUUCCUUCAGGGGCCGAUCUGGUCGGCGCCUCUGAUCACUUUCAUCGAGGAGAAGUCUCUCGUGUUCGAAGCGGACGUGGAGGAGAGCGACGAAUACCGGAGGAACUAUCAGGAGUACAAGAACCUGGUGGAUCUGCUCUUGGGUUGUUUCAUGGAGGACAUAGGAAUCACUCCGGAACAGUUCGAAAACGCUUGCACGGUGAACAAGUACACCAAGAUGCCGAUACAAUUCCAGCAGAACUUGUUCGAGCAAAUAUGGGCGGCGAACGAGUACGAGAUAUUCAAACGGAUGAUGACGCAGAAGAACUUGGAGCUGCAGCUGCAGGCGUUGAACAUGAUCGAGCAAAAGUACGGGCUCACGCCCGCGUCGUUCGUUUACGAAGCCGACGGAUCGAGCGACGACACUUUGGUCAUGGAGGAGAUCAUUCGGAAGCACGCUCUGGAGGACGACCCGGAAGAAGAUCGAGAUCUGUCGUCGGAGACCUCGUCGUUGAUCAAGGAGCACGAACGCCUCGCGGAGAAGUACAACAACGAGAGAGCUCUGUUGGAGGAAGCUCUGAAGGUUUCUCGAGAAGAACGCGACGAAAACGAAGAGAACGAGCAAAAGGGAGAAAAGGAGGAAGGAAAGAGUCCCGAAACGGAUUCCUCGUCGCCCGCGAUCGAAGAGGAAGAAGAAGAGGAAGGAGAGGAAGGAGAGGAAGGAGAGGAAGAACCGAAAACUCCUGAAAAAACGAGGGGAACCGCUCCGUCCGGUUCGGCGUUUCCGGAUGAAUCGAAAUCCGAGAAACAAAAAGUCUCGGAGGAGGAGAUCGGAAAGAGACAGGCCUACCUGAAGGCCCGAAGGGACAAGCUGGUGGCCCUGAAGAAGAAGGCCAGGAGCCACAGGCUGGAAAUGAAUUCGACGAGGCCCAGCUCUGCCCGCGCGGUAGCGCGGGCGACCAUAAACGGGGAACAGGAAUUGAGCCUGCCGGAACCCCUGGAACCGUCCGUCCUCCAGGUGCGAAAAGCGCUGGCUGCUCGGCUCCAGGCCGAAGUGGUCCGCGAUCGGACGAAACAGUGAUAUCGCGAACCUUGAGAAAACACCUCGCGCGCGCGGAUGGGACGACGCGUCGCCGAAGAAAAACCGAAUAUCGUUCGUAAAUCGUUCGUAGAACUCGGACAGGAUAAAUCGUAGAGUCGAUCUCGUAGAUUCGAUUCGGAAAUACCGUCCUCGGGGUUCGAGGAGACCUCGAGACUCGCGCUUGUGCGGAAGAAACUUAUGCGGAACAAGACGUUCCUCGUUUCCUGUCACAAAUACCCGCGCCUUCGCGAACGUUCCGACCGAUAUUUUUUACAGCGAAACUUCGACGCGCGUUUCCAUCGCGAUCGUAGCACGCGAUUCCAGCGGAACGAAAUCGUCGUUUCGAUCGAUCUAUACUUUAGGAAACACGUAGGCACGCGCGUGCGUAGAAACUCGAAUACUUUAGAGAUUUCUUCAAGAAAGUACAUAUAACCGUAAGACUUUUCUUCUGAUUUUAUUAAAAUCUUGUGGAAAUAUUUCGAUAAAAGUUGAUCGAGCGUCGCAGGAGCGCCUGCGUAAGUUUCCGGCGUUGCGUCGGAUCGAAGUAGAGUACAGGACAAAGUCCAACUUUAUAAUAAAUAUUUGCUAUGCGAGAAUAAAGGGAACGGUUGGCCUACCGUUCGAGCAUGCUUCUGUC